CCUGCACAGGUGUAACGCAUCGCACCGAGGACACUCUCCGGGUUUCUUCUGACAGAUCCGCAGACUGGUUUUAGCCACUACCAGACUGUCCUGGCUGAGGAUUUGUUUACCGACGACCUUCUGUCUGCCUUCCUGGAUGGCUAUUUUAUCGUCGUCGAACAGGACGCCCUCGAGGACGGCUUUCGCUACAGUGAAGUUCUGUGCGAUCUUCUCGUCCAGCUGCUUGAAGUCCAUACAUCCCUGGUGGUCGCACAGGGUCUUGGUGACAAAUUUGGAGACGACUGAAGUCAUCCUGAAAAGAGUUUUAACCAAAUCCGAUCCGCUGUUGCUGAGGCAGGACCGACUCGACUAGAGCCACGCCUAACUUCAGAGAAACGAAACUGAAACGACUGAAGAAAGCGAAAAGAAAAAAAGGAAUGUUAGGCCUGCCUCUAAAAUACAAUAUUCUAAUCUAAAAUAUGUUGUUGUCAGCACGCUUCUUUUAUAUUUCAAACUUUUAUUUAAAGGGGUGGGCAUUCAGAUGAGGUUAUUAUUGUCGGUUUACGCCAAUAUUUCCACAUUGUUAUCAGAUACAUUCACAUCUAAUACACAGACACAGUCCUCAAAAUAAACGAAAGAAUGCUGUGAUUAAAAUCACUCUAUAAACACGAACAGAGGUCACAUCUGUAUGACCUCUGUUGUUGUUUACAGAGCACGUGAGGGCAACGCAAGCCCUAGCAACCACAGCAAGCGUUUCUGUGUACCAUAGCAACCAUGGAGGAUGAGGUUUCGUUGGCGGAAGAAACAAGGAAAGAGGUCCCACGAGAACAAAGAGAAGUCCUCUACAACCGAGUCGAAGAACUAAAAUGUUCCAAUGCAGCCCUCCUGGCAGAGAUCGACAUGUUCGAUCGGUUCAUCGGUCGCAUUGAUCCUGGGGACAUGGUGUCCCAUGCUGGGGGAGACGGUCCGGGGGCAGCAGGAGCCUCCAGCCUGGAGGGUGGGGGUCGUGGGCGGAGGUCCAACAUAUCAGAACCCCUCCAGCAGCUGACCUUGGAACAAAAACUUUAUGUGGCAAAGAGGGAAGUAACGGAGACACGACAAGACCAGGAGAAACUCAGACAGAGACAUGAGAGAAUUCACCACGACUACAAGGCCUCUCUGAAAGAAGCAGAACUGCGUCUUGCAGAAAUCCGGAAGGCUAAGAACAAGUUUGAAAGCAAACUGCUCAAACCUACGAAGGACAACAGGUUGGAAAUGAAGGAGCCCGAGAACGUGCUUCGGUACAUCGAAGACAAGUCAAAGGUGGCCCAGUUGGAGAAGUUUAAUCUGAAGAACCGGAUGCUGAAGGCCCACGAGAAGAAGCUCCAGCAGCAGCUUCAGCAGAAAAAAGAGACGGGAAAAGCAGAGUACGAGGACGUUUUCCAGGAAUACAGCGAGCAGACAAUUGUCAGAGACCUGGACCAACUUCAAGUCAACAAAUCGAAAGUGCUACGUAUCCUCGGUUCACACAAGGAGGAGCUGCAGAGAGUGACACGGGAGGCUGCAGAGCUGAGCAGUGACAUCACCAACAGGAAGCAGAUGCUGGCAAACAUUGAGGAGAAGAUACAGCAUGCUGAGGAGGAGCGUUUAAAGGCAGAGGCCCUCAACAAACACUUGCACCGCCAGCUGACAGAUUAUGAGGCUCCUGAUAUCACCGAGUACAUGCGUGUCAAGGACAAACACAAGAAGCUGCAGCGGAGCAUUCACACUUGGGAGAGAAAGUCUGGGAUCGCUGAGAUGGCAUUGAAGACUACAGCCUGGAGCGCACAGAGGGCCACUCUUACUCCUGCAGACAGAGCCGAGGCUGGAGCUAGAACUGGGAGGAACCAAAUCACCGUAAAGCUCCCACACAUCGCAGAAAACUGCAAAUAGAGAAUCAGCAAGCCUCCGGGAUUCAUAAAAAAAACAAGUACAUUGAGUGGCAGAAAGGAACAUUUGCUACUGUUGCAAACACCCUGUUUCAAAAUAUUACAAUCACCCAGCAUCUGAUGUCACUAUACACUCUGCUAAUGCCCGUUGCCUUGAAGCUUUAAUCCUUGUCUUUAGUCUUUUUUUUUUCCCCACUUGCACUCAUGUCCUUGGGAGAUUUUUUACUAUUCGCCAUAAUGAAGAAUGAAAUGUACAGUAGAUGUUCUGUGAAUGUAAAACCUUGCUCCAUCAAUCCUUGAUGCCUUCAUCUUUUUUUUCUCCACACUUUAUUUUCGUUGUUCCCUUACUCUUUGUAUACUGAAUUAUGUUGAGUAAUGAAACUUUAUGCCCAAUACUAUAUUGGUUAAUAUGCAGUCACCAUAAUGUACUCCAUUCAAUGUUAUGUCAUUUAUGCUCUUUAUGAUUUAACAGUUGCUAGAAUUAUCAGAAAAUCUUGAUUAUUUGCAUUUCUCAUUCGGAAUAAAAUAAUCUCUUUUCUCUGGUUCAUUAUAGUUUCACUGACUGAACUCCACUUUAUUUUUUCUGACAGCUAUUAGUUACUUUGCAGUAUUAGAUUUUACAUACAGAACCUACGUAUGAUUGUAGAAGAUUAAAUUACCCAACAAUAUAUAAAGUAGCUAAGAUUAUCGUCACUGACCUGCAGCAUUAAAGCACCAAUCCAACAUGGACAUGGCAGAAGCAUUUUACUAUUAAGAUGAUCUAUGUAUAAAAUAUUACUGUGGAAUGGCCCACUCUGCAUG